CUCCCCCUCCCCCUCAGUCCCCUCCCCCCUCUCUCUCUCUGUCUGUGUUGCAGGCUCUGGGCUUCCCUUGCAGCCUGUGUGAGCCUCUCUGUUCCCAGCACAGAGACUGACUGUGGCAGGGACGGGGAGCACGGGGAGACUGAGGACUUGGCCCAGCUGGAGACUGGAGGGGGAAUAGCCAUGAACACAACAGCUUGUAAUGUUCAGAAGACCUAUCACUCAACAUCACAAUCCUGAUCACAAAAAGCAUGCUUCACAGCCAUUCAAAUCUAAGGCUUCCCCCUCCAGUGGCUUUGAUAUCUCCUCGUGCCGGCAAGCAUCUUCAUCAGCCAUCUCCUUGCUCCCGUUUCAUCCUAGAAUUGGACUUUGGAUGGACGUGCCAUGGUGACAUGAACAGGCUGAGUCAGGGGAACUUGUAACAUAAACAAAGCAUUUGUGAGCUUGUGCCAUUCCUUCUGGGACGGUAGCAAGACCAUGAGCUUGUCCCUGAAGACACGCAGGUUUGGGAGGCCUGUAAGACCACAACUGGUGCUUUUGCUUCUGUUUGCCCUCUGCCUUCUAAGUGUCUUCAUCUCUGCCUAUUACCUGUAUGGCUGGAAAAGAGGAUUGGAGCCCUCAGGUAGUGAGGCCCAAUCUCCAGACUGUGAUGAACCCAAGAUAAGCCCAUCCCGUUUGCUACCAGUGAAGCCUCUAAAGCCAGUGGACUCCUCUCGCACAGAUCCUUUAGUACUUGUCUUUGUGGAGAGCCUGUACUCCCAACUUGGGCAGGAAAUAGUCGCCAUCUUGGAAUCAAGUCGAUUUAAAUAUCGUACUGAAAUUGCUCCGGGUAAAGGGGAUAUGCCUACCCUCACCGACAAAGACCGGGGACGUUUUGCGCUAAUCGUAUAUGAAAACAUCUUGAAGUAUGUAAACCUGGAUGCUUGGAACCGUGAAUUGCUUGACAAGUACUGUGUAGAGUAUGGAGUUGGGAUCAUUGGCUUUUUCAAGGCCAACGAGAACAGUCUGCUGAGCGCCCAGCUUAAAGGAUUCCCCCUGUACCUUCACUCAAAUCUUGGUCUGAAAGAUUGCAGCAUCAAUCCUAAAUCCCCUCUCCUUUACAUAACCCGGCCUAACCAAGUGGAAAAGGGGGACCUUCCAGGGGAAGACUGGACCGUCUUCCAAUCCAAUCAUUCCACCUACGAACCUGUUCUUUUAGCUAAAACCAAGUCGGCAGAGAGUAUACCUCACCUCAGCGUCGACGCAGCCCUCCACACCACUGUGGUCCAGGACCUGGGACUACAUGAUGGUAUCCAGAGGGUCCUGUUUGGCAACAAUCUUAACUUCUGGCUACACAAACUAGUGUUUGUUGAUGCAGUGUCAUUCCUUACGGGAAAACGAUUGUCCCUACCCCUUAACCGCUAUGUGCUAGUAGACAUUGAUGAUAUCUUUGUUGGGAAAGAAGGAACUCGGAUGAAGGUGGAAGAUGUGAAGGCGCUGUAUGACACACAGAUGGAGUUACGGACACAUAUCCCCAACUUUACCUUCAAUCUUGGCUUCUCUGGCAAGUUUUUCCAUACAGGUACGGAUGCUGAGGAUGAAGGGGAUGACUUGCUGCUCUCCUACGUGAAACAGUUCUGGUGGUUUCCCCACAUGUGGAGUCACAUGCAACCCCAUCUCUUCCACAACCAAUCAGUGCUGGCCGAGCAAAUGGCCUUAAACAGGAAAUUCGCUGUGGAUCAUGGCAUACCUACAGAUAUGGGGUACGCUGUGGCCCCUCAUCAUUCUGGUGUGUAUCCAGUUCAUGUACAGUUGUAUGAAGCUUGGAAACAGAUAUGGGGGAUCAAGGUUACAAGCACGGAAGAAUACCCUCAUCUGAAACCAGCUCGGUACCGCAGGGGCUUUGUUCACAAUGGAAUUAUGAUCCUUCCCCGGCAAACAUGUGGCCUCUUCACGCACACCAUAUUCUAUAAUGAAUAUCCUGGGGGGCCUGUGGAAUUGGACAAGAUCAUUAAUGGAGGGGAACUUUUUCUGACUGUCUUGCUCAACCCUAUCAGCAUUUUCAUGACCCACUUGUCUAACUACGGCAACGACCGACUGGGACUUUACACCUUCAAGCUACUGGUGCAGUUUCUGAACACCUGGACAAAUCUGAAGUUGGAGACUCUGCCUCCUGUACAGCUCGCACAUAAAUAUUUCCAAAUCUUCCCCGAGGAGAAGGACCCUUUGUGGCAGGAUCCAUGUGAGGAUAAAAGACACAAAGACAUUUGGUCAAAAGAAAAGACUUGUGAUCGUUUCCCUAAACUUCUCAUCAUCGGUCCUCAAAAAACUGGCACCACUGCAUUGUACCUUUUCCUAGGUAUGCAUUCAGACCUGAGCAGCAAUUACCCCAGCUCUGAGACCUUUGAAGAGAUCCAGUUUUACAAUGGACAGAAUUACCAUAAAGGCAUUGACUGGUACAUGGAGUUUUUUCCCAUUCCAUCUAACACUACAUCUGAUUUCUACUUUGAAAAGAGCGCCAACUACUUUGAUUCAGAAUUGGCUCCCCGGCGGGUGGCAGCCUUGCUGCCAAAAGCUAAAAUAAUCACUAUUCUCAUCAACCCUGCAGACAGAGCCUACUCCUGGUACCAGCAUCAGAGGGCUCAUGAUGACCCUGUAGCCAUAAAGUACACUUUUCAGGAGGUGAUCAAAGCUGGGCCUGAAGCUCCCCAGAGACUCCGAGCCCUUCAGAAUAGGUGCCUUGUCCCAGGCUGGUACUCAACCCAUAUAGAGCGCUGGAUGAACCACUUUCAUGCUAACCAGAUAUUGGUUUUAGAUGGUAAAUUGCUGCGCACUGAGCCUGCUAAUGUGAUGGAAACUGUGCAGAAAUUUUUAGGAGUCACAAAUGCCAUGGAUUAUCACAAAACUCUGGCAUUUGAUCCCAAGAAAGGAUUUUGGUGCCAACUUCUGGAUGGUGGGAAAACCAAAUGCUUGGGGAAAAGCAAGGGAAGAAAAUACCCAGACAUGGAUUCAGAUUCAAGAUCCUUCCUGAUGGACUAUUAUAGGGACCAUAACAUCGAGCUCUCCAAACUGCUUUACAAGAUGGGGCAGACACUCCCCACCUGGCUGAGAGAGGAGCUUCAGAACACUAGGUAGCUGUUACUGAUGAAUUAAAGAAGAUGGGUUUGCCUCUGAAAACGCUUCAGUGGUGUCACAAUUGUGACAUAAUUAAUCCUACAUGGUACAUUUGGCAAGUGUAGAUGAACUCUGUGGGUCUCUUUUGGAAAGACUUGGGGUGUCCUUGUCUCCACUGAAGACAUCAGUCAAUGAUUGCAUCCUGAAAGGCCUGUUUUAGAGGCCUCGUUUAUUUUUGUGGGACUCUCUGCUAUAUAGGGCCCCACAUACCUGUCUGACUAUUGUUCUUGGACUCAACCACUGAUUAAGUAUUAUGAAAUUUGGCCUACUGAUCCUGAAUGAAACUGGCAAUGGUGAAUUUUAUGAAUGGUGUAGUGACGGUUCGUAUGCAGGGCUGGAAUAAUGGCAAUCCUCAUCCCUUGCACUGUAGGGAAUGGAAGAACCACAAAGCUAGGAAUACUAUGUAUUUCAUAGUGAUGCCCCAGUCUUCCUAAGCCCCAAAUACUGCACCUCCUGCAGCGGUUACAACUCUGUUGGAUCCCAAUGUUAAUAGGCUUUGUCACAAACAAGGAAUCUUUCUUUUUCCUUCAGUCUAUGCCUUUUGGAGUUAAAGGCUUUAAUGUCGGUGCUAGAAAGCUCUAGGGUAUUUGCUGCACUUGACAGAUGGUUGGCACCGAGUAUACUGUAUUCUAAAUUAAAUAAAAAAAAAAUACUGCCCCUUUUCAAUUGCUAAAGAGAUAAAGGUCACUAAGGAGUCAUGGCACCCUUUUUUGGGUGAUGCUAAAAGCUCUACAGCGUGACUCUUACAGUGAUACGGGCACCUCUAAAUGAAGAUCAACAAUGGAUUAAAAGAUGCAUUUCAAAUCUCUAUGUUCCUUACAGUGUGCUAACUGAGUGUCCUGUCUGUGCACUGCCUGUGGUUGGUGGUGAACACUGACGUGUAGGAUUCAUUUUUGAGAACUCCUGCUAGAGGGGUAAAUUUAAGUCCCCACACAAGUGACUUGCCGCCUCCCCCCAAUUUCUGCUCCCUCUAUUGUUAUGACUCUGUUCCUUGCCUUAUAAAGCCAAGCACUACUCACAGGCAGUGCACACAAUUAAACUACCCCAUACACACUGGAUAUAUGAUACAACAGAGGUACACCUUAGGGGUAUGUUCAAGUGGAUCCAACAUUAGUUUAGAGGUGUCUGCAUCAUUUUCAGUGCCUUCUAGCAUGAGUUCUCAACAAGAUUCUAAUCGGCUCCCAAUCAGUGCUGGUCCUAAAGGGUCCAGCAUGAUUUGUUGUUGAGUUCUGACGUCUACCUUUGGGAACAUAUGCAUUCAAGCAAUAAAUUGUUGGGAUUCCGUUACAAAAAUAAUGCUCAUAUCACAUAUUACUCUCCAGGUCUAAAGGUAUCUUCAUUUAGUGCACCCAGUAACUUUGUGCUGGGAAACCCUUCUACACAAUGAUCAUUACUAGAAAGGUGCACUCCCACAAGUUGAGGUUGCCUUAUUGGCUUGUGUAACUGGCCUUUUUUUUGUUUACCUUAAAUUUCCUAAUAGCCAGAAAAUAAAGAAGUGUUCCACAAUGUCCUUCCAAA